AUGGCAUCGCGCGCUUUCCCUCGCUCGGCGAAAGAUCCCUGGGUCACGGUUACGACGCCCGUAGGCGCAGAGGGCGGAGUGUGGCUGCUUGAGAUGCACAACUUCCCCGACAAUAGGCUCGAGCCAGAGUUCAUCAAGCAGGCGAUGCUCCCAGCGCUCGACUUUGUGGAAUUGUCCUGGCACAAAGCCGUCGACAAGGGGACGAACAAAGGCGGCGCGCUCGUCCUCACCGGCGAACGGACCAAGGGCAAGUUCUUUUCGAACGGGCUGCAACUCGCCUGUCUCGCCGAGUACCCGACCUUCUUCAAGGACUACUAUUACAAGCUACUCGCGAGGUUGAUGAGCUAUCCCAUCAAGACGGUCGCGGCGAUCAAUGGGCAUUGCUAUGCUGGCGGAUUGUGUUUGGCGCUCGCCUGCGACUGGAGGAUCUGCAGGCCCGACCGGACAUGGCUCAGCAUGAACGAGCUCCUCUUCGGCGCGCCCAUCCCCGCCGGCAUGGCCUCAGUCCUCCAAGCGCGCCUCUCCGAGCCCGUCGUCCGCAAAGUCAUGCUCACAGCGCACAAGUACACCUCGGCCGAAGCGCUCAAGGACGGGCUCGUCGACGAGGUCGUCGAGGGUACCGGCAGCGAGGAGACCAUCAAGAAGGCGCUCGAGAAGGCGGUCCAGUUGGCGCCAUUGUCCGAGACAGGCGUUCUUCGAGCGAUGAAGGAGACGCUCUAUGCCCCUGCGCUCGCCCAGCUCGCACAAGACGAACAACUGCUCAUCGGCCGUCCGCAGCAGCAGAACGAGGACGCCUUCAAGGCCCUCCUCGCCGCCGAGGUCAACGCCAAGUUGUAG